UGAAGAUCUGCAGGUUGAAGACAAGCCCUGAUGUCAUCUACUCAAAACUAGUAUCUCAAACAACAGUGUGAAAGAUGCCAAUACUUACUUUAGCUUUAAGUUUGAAAGUGGAGAGAGCCCCAGACCUCAAGGGAGGAUCAACAAGACUCUACUUGAAAGCUUGAGAACACAUGAGCCUUCAGGAAACAUGAGUGUGAAUGAUGAACACACCAGACCCUUCGGGACCAGCAGUGAAGAUGGCUGUAAGGAAAUCAGGAAUAACAACAACAACAACAGGGAUACUGAGGAUUCGCUGGAUGGAGAUGCCAAUGCUAAUGAAAUCCAAAGGGGAGAUGGAAAAACAACUCUGGGGGCAAUUGAUGCCCUGUCCUCUGUGGUAUCUCACACUGAGAAACAGGUGAAGAUGACUAUUCAGGCCACAGAUUCCUCGUGUGAUGACCCGGAGCUGGCUGAGUUUGAGAUGCUGGAAAGUCAGGAAAUAGAGGAUGAGGAAAAGAACAAUGUUCCUAAAGGUUACAUGAAAGGGGUUCUGUCCACCGAUAUGACAAGGACCGAAGCAAAAUCUCUGAAGGAUAGCAAAAGGUUUUCCCAGUUUACUUCAAAAGAGCAAGAGUCUACUGUUUGUCCUCAGUCCUCUAGCAAAGAAUUGGUGACCAGCAUAGCCAGGACUGACUUUAGCUCUGAAAAUGAUGUUUUUGUUUCUUGCCUCUCCACAAUGUCUAGUCUUGGAGGAAGUCUUGCUAGUGCUCUGGACAACGCCGGUCGAACCCACAGCUCUGAUUCGUGGCAUGCUCCCUCAGAGCCAUACCGAACUCUCUCUGAGGACCUUACCCUUGCCUCACAGUACUGUUUGACAAUUUCAGAUAAAACCCGGAGCACCCUACAUACUGACGGCAUGCAUCAUCAAGCAGGAAAAAGUACAACGCACAUCGGCAGUGUCAAUCUUAAUCUGAACUCUACUGCCUUGCCUGAAGAACCUCAUUUAGAAGCACAAGAAAACCAACUAGCUACAGACUUUGUAAUAUCUGAGAGCUCAGGGCAACUGACAAAUGGCACGAGUGAAUGUAGCAUUGCAAGGAUCACAAAGGUCAAUAAUGAAUCAGCAAGUGCCAAUCAGGACGAUCUUAGAGAAUCUGGAGGUCAUGUAAAGGAGUACCAUGCAAAAGACGAAAAGGCUCUAAAUUUGAAAACAGUAUUGACUGAGAAGAAAUCCUGCCAACCUCUUGUCUCAGACCAUUUUCAGUCUACUUCACAAAACAGAAGGUCCUCCCAUGAUUCCACUGGUGAUAUAAAGAAUAAACUCAAAACCCAGAAUGAGGAAUCUCCUGAAAUUGCUCUUAAAACAUCGAAACUAACCUCAAAGGGUGCACCCGUCCACUCUGAUUUUUCUGAACCCCAACCAUACAAGAAGCAACCAUCUUUUGAAAAGACCCGAAGAUCUAGUUCAUCGAGUUUGGAAAGGCGAAAACCUUGGGGCAGCCCAUCUCGCUCUGAGACCCCUCCAUCCCCUAAAACCACCUAUUCACCUCGGAAACAGCCACCUUCGUCACCAGCCAAAUAUACUAGCACAAGAGAAGCGAGUCAGGAGCGGAGUGAAACCUUACAGAGGGCAAAUACUGGUUUGAGGCAACCAAGUAAAAGCCUUCUCAGUAGUAGUUGCAGUCUCCAAAAACCUGUCGUUCCUCAACAUCCCACUAGAGCAGAGUCUGAAUCUAAUAAGACUUCUCCACCUCUGAAGCCCAAAAUUGUUCGGCCAAAAAUCAUAACCUAUGUCCGCAAGAGCGCUCAAGCGAAACCAAUGUCUGAAGGUCCCUAUGAAGUAUCGACACUACCGCCGAGACUUACACCAUACAGUAGCUCACCAACCUCAAAAGAUCCCAAAGCCGAGGGGUUCAGAGGUUCGCCAGUGCUCAACUCCUCUAAUAUGGUUUAUGACAAGUAUCGCCAGGAGGUGCAGAGGUCAGGGUACUACUCCCCUCCAGGACUGAUGCCGUCUGGGAUCAGGCCACCUAGCCACACUGUCCCCCAUAAACUGGUGGGCAAAUCGGAGAGUUUCCAUGGAGAGCUGCCAGAUCAAUACUUGCAUGAGGUUGGUAGAGCGGUUCAGCUAAAUACCCAUGAUGCCGCUGCUUCCGUUUUCCGCUUUCCCAGAGCCUUAAGGCCUCAGCUUGGUCUUGGAGCCGUCACCAGACAGCCUGCUACUAAGAACAGGACUGUCUUACCAGGUCAAAGAUCGGCAUCACCCCUCAGUUAUACCGCUCCAGCUGUUCAUGCCUCAAGUAGUCACCAAGAACCCAUAGUGGAUCAGAAAAGACUAGCGUUGGGGGUGGCCCCCAAAUUUAUGCUCCCCAAACCGGGUCAAUCUGGACUGCGUCCUCCCGGCUUCUCCCAUCUUCCUCCUGCUCGCCUGGCCGCCUUUGGCUUCGUCCGCAGUGCUAGCGUGUCUUCUGUGUCCAGCAACCAAUCAAAUGACAGCACACACAGCGACCCCUGCCGAUCCAGCCGUCCACACAGCGGCAGUGAUGAAAGCAGGACUCAUAACCCCCCGCCCCCCAGCCGCCGCUCUCUGCACACGCCCCCCCGCGCAUCACCCGUGGCCUCUAGAAAGGAGUUUCAAAGGGAUGGAGAAAUCAGCCGUCCCAUUGUGUCGUCCCCGAAGAGGUUUGCAGUGGUCUGUCCCAAGCCUCAGUCCCCCGUGCGUCAGAAGUCGUGUGUGGCCCGUCUGGGCGGGCGCUCAGACGGUGUGGAUGCCGAGCGGGAGAAGCUGAUAAUGCAGAGACUGAAAGAGAGAUGUGAAGAUCAGGCCCGGCAGCUGAUCGUCCUGCAGGAGGAGCUCAGGAAGUCUUCACGAUGCCUGGAUGUGUUCACCAUCAGCACACAACACUUCUGCCAGAAGAGCGCGAGCGCUGUCGUGAAGGAGAGGGAGUUAUCCCUGCAGUUAGCCAGGAUCAGGGAUGAAGUGGUGGUCAGUGUUCAGCGAUGGGAGCGUCUGCAGGGUGAGAAGGCUCAGCUGGAGCAGAGUUUUGAGCGGGAGCUGAAAGCACUCCAAGAGGAGAAACAGCAGGAGCUCAAGGCCCUACAGGAGAGACUGGUGGAGGAGCACAACUCUGAGAUUCAGCGACUCCGGCAACAGCAGAACAGUCACCUGGAGCAGCUACGCUCCCAGCACCAGGAACAGAUCGAGGAGAUGAGUGAAAACCAUGAGACGGCCAUGGUGGAGAUGGAAGCGACUCAUGGUGCCACACUGGCCACUUUACAGGAAGAACACACCAGAACCAUCAAGAACCUGAGGAUGGCACACGAGCAGCAAAAGAGGUCAAUGGAAGAGGAAUUUGAGAAACUCAGGCUGUCACUGCAGGAUCAGGUGGACACGUUGACAUUUCAGAACCGCACUCUGCGAGACCGAGCCAAGCGUUUUGAAGAAGCACUGCGCAGAAGCACGGAUGAGCAGAUAGUGGAUGCUCUUGCUCCAUAUCAGCAUAUUGAGGAGGACCUGAAGAGUCUUAAAGAGGUUCUGGAGAUGAAGAACCAGCAGAUUCAUCAACAGGAGCUCAAAAUUUCAGAGCUGGAAAAAAUGGCCCAGAAGAACGUUCUGUUGGAGGAGCGUAUUCAGGUGUUGCAGCAGCAAAAUGAAGACCUAAAAGACAGGAUUGACCGCAACGUCGCAACGUCCAGGCAACUGUCAGAGGAAAACGCCAACCUGCAGGUGUACGUUGAGAAAGAGAGCAACGAGAAGAAGCGACUGAGUCGCACCAACGAAGAGCUCAUGUGGCGUCUUCAAACGGGCGAGUUGAGCCCUCGAAUGUCUCCCACCCAGUCGCCUCUUCAUCGACCAGCCUCUGGUCCUUCUUCACCCUCCCGACAACAGCCCUUCCCUAGAUGAGUGUCCAAUUCUCCGCCGCUAUCUUUGACACUCUGUUUUGUUCCUUUUUUGUAUCUUUAACUUAUAUUUCUCAUCGUGUGGUUUCUGAUUGGAUGGAACAGGAGAUGCUUCCACACCUCUUACACCCAGUGUGUUUUCUGUUUCAUCACGUCUCAACUUACUCGUUACUGUAUUCGUUGUAAGUUGCUCUUACUGAAUAUUGAUAGGCUUUAAAACAGUGAUCAAGGUUUGAGUUUGAGCAUUACUGAACAAAAUAGUUGAAGGCAAGUUUUAGUGAAGGGAUAGUUCACCCAUUAUUUUGUCAUUAUUUACUCAUUCCAAACCUGCAUGACUGACUUCAAUGUGGAACAUAAAAGUGCCAUUGUUGCUCGUUUUCAUGCAAUGUCAAUGUCAAAAUCAGUCCUAUUCAUGAAAUAAUCAAUCAGUGGUACUUUUCCCAAAAGCAUUGCUAGCCAAUUAUGGUCUCAAGUUCUGUUGUUACCAACAAAAUUCAACGUUUCUGUUUUCCGAAACCAUAGUCCCAACGAACAUU